AUGUCGGUCACCAAAGAACUCACAGACAUGACUAUUGGAUCCAAAUUAUUACAACAGGUGCGUAAUAACAUCAAAUUGAAGCGUUCCACGGGAUCGUACCAGGGUCUUAGACACGCUAUGGGUCUUCCGGUUCACGGUCAACGUACCAAGUACAAUGCACGUACUGCUAGAAGAUUGAACAGAUUGAACAGAUCCCAAUAA